AUGCCUCGCCGUUCGUACAACAUCGCCAUGAUGAGCGACUUCUUCUACCCCCAACCCGGCGGCGUAGAGAGCCACAUCUACCAGGUCGGCACCAAGCUCAUCGACCGCGGCCACAAGGUCGUCAUCGUCACCCACUCCUACGGCACCCGCAACGGCGUGCGCUACCUCACCAACGGCCUCAAGGUCUACUACGUGCCCUUUGCCGUCAUCUACCGCAACGCCACCUUCCCCACCGUCUGGUCCAUGUUCCCCAUCCUCCGCAACAUCUUUAUCCGCGAGGGCAUCGAGAUUGUCCACGCCCACGGCGCCCUGAGCGCCAUCUCCCACGAAGCCAUCCUCCACGGCCGCACCAUGGGCUUGCGCACCGUUUACACAGACCACUCCCUCUUUGGCUUUGCCGACAUUGGUAGCAUCCUCACCAACAAGCUACUCAAAUUCACCCUAAGCGACGUCGACCACGUCAUUUGCGUGAGCCACACAUGCAAAGAAAACACAGUCCUCCGCGCCUCCCUCGACCCCCUCAUGGUCUCCGCCAUCCCCAACGCCCUCGUCUCCGCCUCCUUCCGCCCCAAAAGGCACAGAUCUCCUCACCGCCGCUAUCCCCGCAUCCUCGAAGAGCACCCCAACACCCGCUUCAUCAUCGCUGGCGACGGACCCAAGGCCAUUGACCUCCAGCAGAUGAUUGAGCAAAACGUCCUCCAGGACCGCGUCGAGAUGCUCGGCGCCAUCCGCCACGAAGAGGUCCGCGACGUCCUCGUCCGCGGCCACAUCUACCUCCACCCUUCCCUCACCGAGGCCUUUGGCACCGCCCUCGUCGAGGCCGCCAGCUGCGGCCUCUACGUCGUCUCCACCCGCGUCGGCGGCAUCCCCGAGGUCCUGCCCCCGCACAUGACCGUCUUCGCCAACCCCGAAGAGGAUGACCUCGUCGCCGCCACCGGCCGCGCCAUCGACCGCAUGCGCGCCGGCGAGGUCAAGACCGAACUCUUCCACGAGCAGGUCAAGUCCUACUACUCGUGGGUCGACGUCGCCGCCCGCACCGAACGCGUCUACGACGGCAUCACGGGCGAAAUCUCCGAGGCCGAGUUUUACGGCUCCGACGCCUCCCGCCCCGAUACCCGCUCCCGCAUCCCUAGCUUCGCCAUCAUGGACCGUCUGAAGCGGUACUACGGCUGCGGCAUCUGGGCCGGGAAGCUCUUUUGCCUCGUCGCCACCGUCGAUUACCUCCUCUUUGUGUUUCUCGAGUGGUGGUUCCCAAGGAAUACCAUUGAUCCCGUGACGGACUGGCCCCGCAAAAUUAACAUGGAUGAUGCCCCGCCGUCCCCAAGCCAUAGGCAUGAAGAAGACCAGGGACUUCGAAGUACGAAACGGGGCCCAAUGAGGCUGGAGAGGACAUCUGCCGAGGAGUCCGAGGAGCACACCUCGGAUGUAUCACCACCUUGA